AUGCAAAAACAAGAAAAAUCAGAGGAGAAUGCUGCACAUAAAUCAUCAUCUUCAUCAUCUUCAUCAACAUUCACUACAAAUAACAACGAAAAGUAUUCAUCAUCAUCUUCACAAUCAAACUCUUCAAAACGACCGAAUCGAUUAAAGAGAACACAAACAUCAUUCAAAGUUAAAGUUUUCAAUAUUGGACAACUUGUUGACUUUCAAUGGAAAUUGGGAGUAUCUGUAUCAUCAAAUCAUUCUCAAGAACUCAAUGUUCCAUUUAUAUCUGUAUUUAUUAAAGUGUUAAACUCCAACAAUGACAUUUCAUCCCAUUCCUUUGAAUUAACUGUCCCUGAAUUUCAAGAUUUUGCCCAACAAUUUAAAGAUAUUGAUUCAUUAAUGAAUGCUCUUUAA